AUGAAGUUGGUGAAGGAUGGGAGCUUGAAGGGGUUGGAGGUGAAGGGGGCAGCGAAGGAGAUUGGGAGCUGCCCUACAUGCCUCGAAACGAAGUUCACGAAGUUUCCCUUCAGCAGCAGCAUGGGACCAGCCAAAGCACCGCUCGCGCUUGUGCACAUGGAUGUGGUGGGGCCUACGAGGGCCCUUUCUCUCUCGAGCAGCCGCUAUUUCCUGACCAUUGUGGACGACUAUACGCGUGCGGUGUGGGUGUACCCUCUCAAGACAAAGGGGGAGGUGGCAGCGGCUGUUCUCAAGGAGUGGAUGCCGAGAGCUCAAAGGGAGAGCGGUCAUAAGGUGAAGGUGAUCCGCACUGACAACGGAGGAGAAUUCAUUGGCGCUGAUUUUGAGGCGGUGCUGAAGAAGAAGGGGAUCCAGCAUUAG